AUGCUGUCCGUGAGGGCGGUGCCAAGACAGCGCGCGCUUUGUCUUCGCGGCGCUGGGCUCCAUGUUUGCUUCUGCUCUGCCCAUCUUGAGACGCUGCCCAACGCCUGCAGCAACGUGCGCUCCAUAGCGCUUCUCCCUCUCUCGCUGGCACGAGUGGUGGCGGUCAGGUCAUCGGCGAAGAAACCCAAGUUCAAGGUUGGGGAUGCACACCAGCUCCUUACUGAGGCUGCUCACGGCAAAGAUAAACGGCGGCGGGCCGAGCACGUAACCCUGCGGAAAGCCACGGGUGAAAUGAACCGGUGCGGUGGGCGUAUUUUGUACACGGGACCUUUGGCCGUGCAGCUGUGA